AUGCUUGGACGAAUGUGGGCCACUUGUUUGGCCGUGAUGCUCCAGAGCUCUCUUCGUCGUCUUAAUUCAUACCAUGUGAGUGGAAUCCGACACUGGUGCGACUUUUCCCUAUUCAUUUUCUCCAAUUCCUCCAGACCCGUCACGGCUCCUCUCCGGUUGUUCAAAUGCCGAUUACCACCAGCUCUUUUUUUUUCUUCAUUGAUUCACAAAGCUUUUGAAGAUGCUUUCGAAUAAAAUGUCGUUUUGCAGCAAUGUUCAGAAAUGUUUUUAUAAACGUUGGUUAGAAGACCAGAAAAGAGAAAUUUCAUAGAAAGUUUAAAGUUUUCACCAAUCUGCUCUUUUUUUUGUCACAUCUCUCUCUUUUUGACAGUUAUUUUUGUUGAUUUCACCUGACAUUGCACAGAAAAAAGUAUGAAAUGCUUAUAUUGAUUUUUUGCUAUUUUUCCACUAGAAAAGUAAUUGAUCUCAUAAAGCUUUUCUAUUUCAUUUCUUUCUGACCCCGACUGUUUCAAGCCUGGUCAGUCCAAAAUUUCAAGUUUUUUGCGUAACAAACGAAGACCGCGCUGGUCUCAUCCCGUGCUUUGCAUCCGAUUUACAGAAAUGUCUAUUUGCUUCUGAAUCAUAUCAAAAACGAAGGUGUUUGCACAGAGUACGUUUGCCGCUGACAUGCAUUCUCUCCUUCCGAAUCAAUUGUCGCAUGUGUCGUUGAGCGUGUUGCCAAUGGACUUGAUUGCAGUUUGAUGACUCGGUUGGGUUGUUGGCUGGCCGUGGCGGCGUUGUCGCUGGUCGUCGACUUCGCCCUCGCCGGAACCAACUGUUCGGCCGCUGACGCCACCCGGAACUGCAUCGAUGGACUCGUCGUGCCCAUCUGGUGAGCCUCCAACGAGGAAGCGCCGCAAAAAUUAUCUUCUAGCCAUCUCAACCAAUCAUUGAAGCUUUCGAGUUUAUUUGCUGUUAGAAACCUUUUUCCUACAGUUUAAAAUCAGAAAGAUGAUAAGCGAAGCAAAUAAUGACAAAAAGUAAGUAAAAAAAAAAAGACUAAUUCUCUCAGAAACACUAUCAGUUGUUAAAGUUAAAAAUUAAAUCCUGUUCUUUUUUUAUUGAACUUUUUAAUCAAGUAAAAUUAUAAUGAACAUCUCGAAGAUUCUAUCAAGAUCACAUGAAUCCUGCGGAUCCAAGACAUUUGGCGGGAAACGUCUGUCCGUUUCAUUGGAUCAGUCCUAUUCACACGAAUAAAUCACUGGAGCCCCGGGAAACUUCAGAAAAAAGUCUAAAUAGAAAACACAUGUCUAAACUAUCGAUCUCAUGGAUACAAAAAUGCAACUCUACGAAGAUCUGAAAAAGAAAAAAAAUGUUUGAUGAGUUCAGGCGACCAUUUUUGGAUCUGUCAUUCGGAGAUCGACUCACCCGAGGAGUCAUCUAUUUCUUCGUCAUCGCCUACAUGUUCUUGGGUAUCUCCAUCGUCGCCGACCGCUUCAUGAGCAGUAUUGAAGUCAUCACCAGGUUUGGUCCCAGUUUCUUCCGAACCCAACCUCGCAGUUUAGUAUGGAGCGAACGAUCAUCGUAAAACGACGAGGACUUGAGCCGAUGGAGGUCCAAGUUCGCAUCUGGAACGACACCGUCUCCAACUUGACUCUCAUGGCUUUGGGUAAGAUAUUUUUAGACCUUUUAUCAUGGAUAUAUAAAAAUCACGCGGAAGUAUAGCACAUGUCUCUUUUUCCUCGCGAACAUAGUGUAAUUCCGAGUUGCGCUUUCUGAGAAAAUCAGUCUUUGGACUUUAGUCCAAGAAAGAAGAAGAAGCAACACUGAACGAACAGAAAACUUUUGAAGACUAUGAAAAAGCCUAGAAAGCAAACUUUCAUCCCCAUUCACUUCCUGAAACCAAAAUUUUUCGUUACAUGAAAAUUUAGUAAAAGUCUAAACAAAAAAUUAAACCUUGACACAAUUUUUAUUUAUUUCUUCACAAGAAGCCUUGCUUCAGGUUCGUCAGCGCCCGAGAUCCUGUUGUCCAUCAUUGAAGUAAUGGCAAAAGGCUUUGAAGCUGGAGACCUUGGACCGAAUACAAUCGUCGGAUCCGCCGCCUUCAACCUCUUCAUGAUCAUCGCCAUCUGCGUCGUCGUCAUCCCCAAAGGCGAAGUCCGUCGACAGAAACAUCUCGACGUCUUCUGCGUCACUGCCACCUGGUACGAAGUCUUCUAUCCGUUUGAAGUACGCACGGAUUACAGGUCGAUCUUUGCCUACGUCUGGCUUUAUGCUAUUCUUGCGUUCUUCUCUCCUGGAGAGAUUGAAAUCUGGGAAGGAGCUCUAACAUUCCUUUUCUUCCCUCUCACGGUCUUCACCGCUUGGAUCGCCGACAUCAAGAUCAUCCAGGUAAAACUGAAUAUCCGUUUCACGAAACGCAUUCGACUUUCAGAACCGCUUCCUGCCCCACAGAUAUCGUCGUGGCUCGCACGGUCAGAUGAUCGCGACGGAGGCCGAGGAAAUGAAGAUGCUGGAGAACGGCAACGUUCAGGCAAUUGGUUACGGAGAGGUAUCGCGAGGUGGCAACCGAGAGUGCUUCAGCAUGUCGCAGUCGAUCAAAGCUUGCUGCUUUCAGAUAUUCUUUACGAAAGCUCUGAUUCAUUAUAUUGGGAACAUUUUCUAAACGCUUCAUUUUACUUAAUUAACAUUUUUUUAUUCACAGUUUCUCGAUCGAGGUUUGGUUCGCUGACCAGAAAAGCACACUGAAAAACUGAAUGAAAGGAUAAACCGCUGAAAUAAUUGCACACCUCGCCAUACCUUUGCCUUGCCACACUUUUCUUACUGAAGCACAUUUACAAAACAGCCAUAAAUAAUCAAAAACCUUCAGACGGCGGUCGACCCAGCGGUCAAAGCAUUCGAGGAACACCGACAGGAGUUCAUCGAGUUGAUGCGCGAGAUUCGCAAGAAAAACCCUCACAUCAGUCCCACCGAACUUCAGAAGCAGGCCGAAUACGAAAUGAUCAACCGGUAUUGUACUCCUCAACUCAACUUAUUUUAAAUCAUGAAAAAAAAAUUUUUUAUAGUAUCAAACGUAUUACUCUUGUACAAAAAAACGAAAUUUCAUUGCGAAAAGAGAUCUUGUUAAAGUUCACAAAUACUUUAAUCGAAAUGGUUCAGACCUUUUUUUUAGUGUUUUUAAGAAAAUAUGGCACAAAUGGAAAAUAAUGACAAAAAAGCGGUAGUUUGAACGAUAGUUUUUUUUUUUGAAUUAAUUUUUUUUUCGAAGUUAUGCGCCGCUCACUGUCAGAUAGCGCGCAUUUGAAAGAAUUGUUUCCUCACCGCUGCCUGCUUUUUAAAAUGUCAUGCAAGUUUUGAACCUUCCAAAAGUAUAACUGUUUUACAGAGGCCCAAAAUCGAGAGCUUUCUACCGCGUACAGGCGACCCGAAGACUCAUCGGCGGUGGCGAUAUCGUGAAGAAGCGCAUCGACAAGGAACACAACAAAGCUCUCGACGCGGUUCGUUGCUGCAACCGCUUUCAAUUCUUCUACUUAACUGAUUUAUUGCUGGUCUGACAAUAGAACCAGUAAGCCUGUUUUUUUUUCAGAAAAAGUUUCUUCAUUAACUCUGAUUUUUCGUCUUUUCAUUUAAAUCAUUUUUUCAUAACCAUGAAACAGUUUUUUCUCUAUUAUCGACAACUUUGACAACUAUUUUCAAUUCAUUCACUAAUUAGCACGUCAAACGAUUAAACAACGGAACGACCUGCUCGUGAACUAACACCGGAGGCCGUAGCCGUCUCAUUGCAGUUGGUACAGGCACAAGAGAAGCAAGUCCGGGAAAACACCUGCAAGAUCUACUUCGACCCCGCCCACUACACCGUCCUCGAGAAUGUCGGCAGCUUUGACGUCGUGGUUGGAAGGUAUGUCUUUUUGAGAAACAUUUCAGACGAAGGUUUCCCUUCAGGGAUGGCGGACCAGACGGCCUUACGGUUAUGGUGGACUACUACACCGAAGACGGAACGGCCAACGCUGGAAGUGACUUCGUUCCGGUCAAAGGAACUCUCACUUUCUAUCCUGAGGACAAACACCAGGUAUUGCUCCUCGUAAUUAUUCAAAUCUCGAUAUUUCAGAAAAUCAACAUCGAAGUUGUGGACGACGACGUUUUCGAAGAAGACGAGCACUUCUACCUGCACUUGAAGAACUUGCGAGUACGCACUAAAGAUGGUCUGAUUCUGGACCCUUCGAGAAUUGGCGGUCUGCCAGUGGCGCAGCUGGAGAUGCCUGCCACUGCAACCAUCAUGAUCCUCGGUGAGUGUCCACCUGAAGACCAAAUUGACGUCGGCCUUCAGAUGACGACCACGCCGGAGUUUUCGGCUUCGAGCACGACCACUUCCAAGUCGUCGAGAACUGCGGCCACCUCAGUCUGAAGCUCCAACGUCAUUCUGGAGCUCGCGGCAAGGUCGUCAUCCCAUACAGGUCGGACUUCUGGAAAAUACCUUGCAAAAAAGAGAAAACUUACUGUUUGACUAAAGUGAUUCGCGUUGCGCACCUAUCCCAAGUGCUGUAUGUUUGCACGGUUCUUCGGGCUAGAGGAGAAUAGUCAGAAAUUCUCGGUAACAAUGAAAAAUCCAUGAACUUUCAGAACGAUCGACGGCACAGCCAUAGGCGACAAGCAUUUCGAAACCAAAGAGGGAGAAGUCGUCUUUGACGACAAUCAAACUGAGUUGGUCUAAUUUCCAUGUGGUUUUCUCAGAGUAUAGGUUGAAAAUUUCAAAAAAUAAAACAUUAGGCAAAAAAUAUAACAGUUAAAAAUAUUUCUUCAAAGGUGGCGCUUAGCCUAUUUCAUAUUUUUCAGUAGAAAAAUGUCAGUAGCCUCAAGAAAUUCAAAUGGGUAGAAUGAAACGUCAUUUUAAUUCUUUUAAAAGAGAUUUUUCAAGUUUUCUAAUUAAGAAGUGGUUGCUGAAAAUUCCGUUAGGGGAUUUUGCCGAGGUCAAAAGAGGGAACGUUGGCGAUAAACCAUGGCGGCGCCGGUUGAAGUUCUUUUUUUGAGGGCUCUCUUCGGCGGAAAAAUCCGCAAAAAACAAUGACAAACUAUAGUUUUUUUUCUUACUGCAGCCUCAAGAAGAAAGAUAAAAGUUUCAAAAAAAGAACCCCUUUUUUUUUGAACUCUACAGCGGCUGGCAUUAAAACAUAAGCGAGUCAUUGGUGUUUCAAAAAAAAAAACAUUUACAAUUACUCCGAAAAUUUUGGGGAAGAAGAGAAUCCGAGGUAGCACAAAAAUCCAGAAAAAAUUGAAAUAUGAAUAAUCCUUUCAAAAGCGAUUAUCACAAAAAGAAAGAAAUGUAAAAAGCUUGAUUUUUUUAUAGGACAACUCAUGAUAGAAAAAGCUGUUAUAAUAUGAAUUCCAAAUCAAAAAACCAGGUUUCACUCGUUUCCAGAGCAUUUAUCGAAUUGGGAAUCAUCGACACCGAGCAGUACGAACGAUCCGACUACUUCUACAUCGAGCUAUCUCCUCCUAUUUGGGCCAAGAAAAUGAACGGUAUGAAUACGACCAUUUUUGGUUCGAAACCUAUGUAGUUUUAUUCUUUCACUUUUCUCGCAGGCUUAUGAUUUGUCCGAUAUCCGACGAGUCAAUUCAAUCAAAAGUAUUAAUGUUUUUUUUCUCAAAUCUAUUUUUAUCAUUGGAUUCCAAGCCAGUGUCCCUUUUCCAAGGUAUCUUAGAACUUCUUUCUUUCGGACCUAAAAGGAAAUUAAUUUGAAAAAUACCUUUCUGAAUGAGAAACGAAAAUCAGAAAUUCCCAAAAAACAUUAUUUUGAGCGACUUCUAUGGAGUUUUCAAAUCUGUUUAUGCAAGCUUUGCGGGCUCCUCUACCACUCGUUUGCUUCUUUUUCUCUGCGUGCGAACCCCAGUAUCAGAGUUUUCUCAUCUCUUUCGUAUUUUCGUUGUGGUCGUUGGCUUUCGUGCAAAAGUACCAAGCAACACACUGGUGCACUGGUAACAAUCACUGCAAUCUCACUGGAAAAGCGGCUCUUUUUGAUCGACUUAUUCCCGAAAACUCAAAAAUUUCUGAAUCAAAAAAUAUGAAUUAUGUCUCGGAGCUCACAAGAUAGCUGAUUUUGCUCAAAGUUUUGAAUUUCACAGAAAAAGAGCAAAAAUACAGUUUUUUAUUCAUCGAAGCUAAAACCCGCAAAACUUCCUUUUUUCGAAACGAAAAAAACUAAGAAGUUUUAGACUUUUUUAAAUGUUAUAUGUCACAUCAGAAAGCCUUUUAGACAUUUUUUGGAAAAAAACUUUAGUUCUGAGUUAAAUCUUCAUAGCUUUAAGCCUUUAAAUUAGCGAGAAAAACAAAUAUAUAUCGUGAAAAAGCACUGGCUUACUGUAACCCCGUCGUGUUGGUGUCAGAUCUGAGCAAAGUGCAAGAACGAUUCCAACGACGGAUGGAACGGAAGCGAGAAGCGUCGGUCGCCUCCGAGUCCAAGGACAGUGCCACCGAACAAGGUUCUUCUACAUUUCUCGCAGUCAGCCACCACAACCGCCUUCCGCACGGUCGUUUCCAUGUCGCUGUGUUGUAUCUCUUUAUUGAUUCGUUCCAACUUGAGAAGCCUUGGUUGAACGAUAAAUGGUUCAAAGCGUAGCCGUGGCGUUGGGUUUAGGAUCAGCUUCGAAGUUCUCCGCGCGCCAACAUUUAAACGUUCAGAGCAGCCCUGAACCAUUUUCUUAUAAUCAUGUGCUUCUAGUUUCGGGCGAAUCGAAUUUAUUGCUUCUCGCUUUCUCAGCUUUCACAACAUAAAAUUCAUGAAGAAUCUGGGAAAAACCUGAUCAAUUUAGGUUUGAAUUUUAUUUAAAAUGAAAAAGACCCAAAAAAAAAAUUUCCCUUGGAGCGCCUCACUGGGACCGACUCUUAUUAUUCUUUGAGCUUUUUGGUGAACCUUUUUGUCACUUACUUACGCCUGAAUUCUUAUCGGCAAUCAUUAUGCUAACUUUCCCAAAGAUGAUGCAAGUUUUCGAAGCUAUCUAAAAAAAUGCUUCUGAACUUUUUUUAUUUAUACUCUUUUGAAAAAAAUAUUGAUUAAUGCAACACAGCGACUAUGGAAACGUGGCAAAUAUUAUUUUCUCCCAUCCACCCAAAAAACUUUUCGUUACACCAUCCCUUAUCCGAGCGAUCCACAGAACAUUGAUAAUUCCAAACCCAUUCCAACCCUUGGGCACGCGUUCAGGACGCAGAUCGGGCAGCGUUGACCUUCUGGCGCCGGCUCUGCAUCGCCGAAGCCUCUCGCCGCUGCCGCAUGUCGGCGAUCGCUUCAAGAAACGUCUGGGCUCGUGGAUUGCCGGCAUGAAAGGUGUCACGCAUGCUCCCAACAACAAAACUUUUCCCAUUGCUCUAACCUGUCGCUUCGGAUUCUUUUUCAAUAACCUCGUGCAUGAGGUUGUCUGAUCAGGGCUCAUAGAACAUUUUCAGGCGACGAGGAUGCCCUCCAGACUCUUCUGACGCCUUCGCAGCUCGAAAUUGCCGAACUGGGCAAACCGCGCCUCAGCGACAUCACCAAAUGCCAGAUCACCAUUCGCGAAAACAAAGACUUCCAGGUCGGCAAAAUGCGAAGAUUUUGUUUCAAUAUUAUCAAUAUAAAAUUACACUCUUGGUUGCUCUGAAUAUUUGAAACUUUAAGAGGUACUUGAGAAGAUCCCGAAGCUCUUAAUCUUUACAAUUUCCUAUCCUCCGAAAAAGGAAACCUCGCACUUUAUUACCCGUAUAACAAAACUUUGAAACUUAUUUUCUCGAAAAACUAGAAAUUUGUACUGUUUUUAAAUCAGGAUUUUAUUAAGAAAAACGUGUGUUUGAGUGAAGUUUCGAAAUAAACAAACCUAUGAGCAGAAAUAUACAUGGGAGCCAAAGUGUAAAAAAAAAUGCAAAUAUUUUAAAAAAAAAUGUUCUCCUAUUUUCCCUAAAUGAAACCUUGAAGGUCACAUAUGCAGUUUUCAUGCAGAUAAUUUCUCUAUUAAUAAACUUUAGUUGGAGUCUCCUAACAGAAAACGCUCUAGUUUGAUGAUUUUUUUCUUAUUUCAUAGUUUUUUGAAAAAAAAAUAAUCAGAUCAUUGCAAAACAGAGACUUAUAGGGAAUCGUCGAUCGUAUGAUCAAGAAUGCGAACACUCGCAUCAUGCUCGGAACGUCAUCGUGGCGCGAGCAGUUCACGGAGGCUCUCCAGGUCAGCGCCGGCGACGAUGACGACGACGACGAGGAAGAAGGCGACGGCGAGGAGAAGGAGCCUCAGGAGCCUUCCUGCAUGGACUACUUCAUGCACGUCCUCACCGUCCCUUGGAAGCUCACCUUCGCCACGAUUCCUCCUACAGGUAUCCCACCUCUUCGACUUCCUUGAUGAAUAUCUUCAGACUACUGGGGCGGCUGGGCGAGUUUUGUGGUCGCCAUCUUCAUGAUCGGAGUUCUGACAGCUGUGGUUGGUGAUCUAGCCUCUCAGUUCGGUUGUUGGGUUGGACUCAAGGACGCCGUCACCGCCAUCUCUUUCGUCGCCUUGGGAACGUCUGUGCCAGGUGAGCACACUUUGGAAAUCUUGAAGAAGCUAUCGUAUACAGAUACGUUUGCCUCGAAGGUGUCCGCCGUGCAGGACAAGUACGCCGACAACGCCGUCGGAAACGUGACUGGAUCUAACGCCGUCAACGUCUUCUUGGGUAUCGGAAUCGCAUGGUCCAUGGCCGCCAUCUACCAUUGGUCUGUCGGAUCUAAGUCAGUUGACAGAACUAACGAAGAAGAUGGAUGAGAGGUUGCAGGUUCUUGGUCGACCCAGGAAGCCUUGGAUUCUCGGUACUCGUCUUCUGUUUAGAAGCGUUCGCAUGCAUAGCCGUCAUUGUGUUGCGACGCAACAAGGCUGUCGGAGGCGAGCUCGGAGGUCCCAUCAUCUUCAGGGUCUGUUCCACGACCUCUCGCAACUAUUCUUCACGGUUUACUCUUUCAGAUUCUGACGGCCUGUUUCUUCUGCACCUUGUGGCUCCUCUACUUGUUGCUCUCGGCUCUGGAAGCGUACUGCGUCAUCGCAGGAUUCUAA